AUGGCUCCCAUGGUGCGAGCAAUCGAGUCGGUCUCUAGCAGCGCGUCCGCGUCGUUGACGACUGAGACGGGUCUGCUACACGUCUCCGGGCGGCCACGCUCUCCCGUGUCUGGUCAAGUCCCUGCAGACUACGACUCUCAGGUCCUCCUCUCGCUCUUGAACCUCCACAGGGCCCUGUUAGCAGCCAAUGGCUCCAUCGCGAACAUUGUCCGCCUGACCCUCUACAUCGUCAACUGUAAUUUCCAACGACACCAACACACCCGCCACCUCCAGCGUUUCCUGCGCUCCCACAACCCCGUCAUCAGCCUCAUUCCGGUGACUCAACUGGCAGAGCCGGGGUGGAAAUUUCUCGUCGACGCUAAAGCUUCCAUCUCCCAUUCCUUCCCGCGGCCACUAACCACUCCCGAACAGAAGGCGUGGGAUGUCAUCAUCCUCGGCGCUGGUCUGUCCGGUCUCACGGCAGCCGAUCAACUCACGCAAGCCGGACUCUCAUGCCUUGUCCUUGAGGCCCGCGACCGCGUGGGAGGUCGCACAUGGAGCACCUCUUUGUCCAAUGGGAAAGGCAUCGUCGAUAUCGGAGCCUCCUGGUUGAACGACACCAAUCAAAGCAAGGUCUCCCAGCUGGCCAAGCGCUUUGAAGUCAAGUUCAUCACGCAGAACACCUCCGGCAACUGUAUCACGCAGGACAAGGCCGGCAACAACCAUGUCUUUGCAUAUGGCGGACUUCCCGUGAGAUCUCUGCCUUCUGCCCUCCUACUUUCGGAUCUUCUUGAACUAACCACUGCCCAGUUUGACAUCGACAUCCAAAAGCACCUCAUCGAAAUCCGAGAUCUUGUCGAAACAGACUGCCAGCAGCUCGACGCUGCAAAUCCUCAAAACCCCAUCCAUGACGCCAUGACCUUCCUCGCUUACCUCCACAGCCGAAACGCAAGCGAAGUCGCCAUUGCCUCGGCAUCAAUCUGGACCCGCGCCAUGCUGGGCCAAGAGCCCCAGGAUAUAUCAGCCCUCUACUUUCUCCACCACUGCAAAACAGGCGGCGGACUCCUCCAGAUGCGUUCCGACCGCACCGGCGGGGGACAGUAUCUACGCAUUCGACGGGGAACCCAGUCUAUAUCCGAAGCCCUAGCUGCGUCUCUCCCCUCGGGAAAUAUCCUGCUGUCCUCCCCUGUCACAGCAAUAGACCAAUCAAACCCUAACCGCGUGGUCGUCCAAACCGCCAAUCGAACCUUCCAAGCCUCCAAGGUCAUUUCCACGGUAUCCAGUCCCGUUCUUCGCACCAUCCAGUUCACACCUGCGCUUCCAGCACGUAAGCAGUUGCUGGUCGACUCGUACACCUACGGAUACUUCACGAAAGCCAUGCUGGUCUUCAAGAAUCCCUUCUGGGUCGAGAAGGGCUUCUGCGGACUUGCUCAGUCCUUCAGAGGUCCUUCCUCUAUAAUUAGGGACUGCAGCUCCCCAGAGGAUGGCGGCUGGGUCUUAACCUGCUUCCUGUGCGGCGAUACGGGCCGGGCAUGGUCGCAGCAGGACGAGAAGACUCGGACGGAUUCAUUACUCGAGCAGGUGGGACUGCUGUACAGCGACAAGGAUCGUGUGCUCAGCGAGUACAUCACCACUGUCUGGCAUGACUGGACUGCAGAGCAGUACUCUGGCUUUGGCUGCCCUUGUCCCUCCCUACCCCCUGGAGUUCUGACUGCCGCGGGAGAUGCCCUCCGCGAGCCCUUUUGGAACGUCCACUUCUCCGGCACAGAAACUUCUGUCGAGUGGAAGGGUUUCAUGGAAGGUGCGGUGCGCAGCGGCGAGCGGGCUGCGACGGAAGUGUCGAAGCAGUUGGUUCGGGCUCGGGUGUAG